AUGAAAUUAAUUUGGGACCUGAGCUCAGUACAAGGAAAGACACGUUUGUCUAAAUGGUAUACACCUUAUGAAGAUGCAGAAAAGAGAAAACUAUCAAAUGAAAUUCACAAGAUUGUAAACUCUAGAGAAUCAAAAUUCACAAACUUUGUAGAGUUUAGAACACACAAGAUUGUAUAUAGAAGAUACGCAGGUUUAUUCUUUUUAUAUGCUAUUUUGGACGAAGUGUUUUUGGCAGGUGAAUUGAUGGAACCUUCCAAACAAGUGGUCUUACAAAGAAUGGAAUUCCUUGAUAACCUUCCAUAA